GUAUGAGUCAAUAUUAAUUGCGCUUAAUAAAACUACAUUUCCCGUGUUGCUGUUUAUAAACUCUAAAAGACAACAUGGCUGCCUCCACUGUUGCAGCAAGUGAGCUCAUAAAAAGCAUGAAUAAACAAAUGUCGACGUUAUAUCCAAUAGCUUCGUGUGUAAUCAGACGAAUAAGCACAACAAGCGCACGGCGUCACAGCCAGUCACCGCUAACAGCACAGAGUGACUCACAGCAGCUGGUUGGAGUGGUGGGGUUGGAAAUCCAUGCCCAGAUUAACUCCAACACCAAGCUGUUUUCUGGCUCACCAGUUCGCUUCUCAGCACCUCCAAACUCCCUGGUAUCGUUCUUCGAUGCAUCCUUGCCAGGCACAUUACCAGUCCUAAACAGACGAUGUGUGGAGGCAGCAGUGAUGACAGGACUCGCCCUCAACUGCACCAUAAACCAGAAGUCACUUUUUGACAGGAAACAUUAUUUCUACGCUGACCUCCCUGCUGGAUACCAGAUCACCCAGCAACGGCGGCCUGUUGCAGUAGACGGCACGCUGACCUACAGCCUCCUUGGGGGAAAACAGAGGAACCAGGUGGUUAAGAAGAACGUCCACAUCAAGCAGAUCCAGCUGGAGCAGGACAGCGGCAAGAGUCUCCACGACGACGCUCGCAGUCACACCCUCAUUGACCUCAACAGAGCAGGCGUGGGCCUAAUGGAGCUGGUGAUGGAGCCGGACAUGAGCUGCGGAGAGGAGGCCGCUGCCGCUGUCAGGGAGCUUCAGCUGAUCCUGCAGGCGCUGGGCACCUGUCAGGGCAACAUGUCGGAGGGCCAGAUGAGAGUGGACGCCAACGUCUCGGUCCGCAAGCCGGGCGAGCCCCUGGGCGUCAGGACGGAGGUGAAGAACAUCAACAGUGUUCGCUACCUGGCCAGGGCUAUAGACUACGAGAUCCAGAGACAGAUCGACGUCCUGCAGAGAGGAGGGAAGGUGCAGAAUGAGACCCGGGCCUUCGAUUCCAAAUCUGGAGAGACUAUUCCUAUGAGGGACAAGGAGGGUCUUCAGGACUACAGGUUCAUGCCAGAGCCCAACCUGCCCCCUCUGAUUGUGUAUGAGGAUAACGCCUCGCUGCCUGCCGGCACUGAUGCGUGCCAGGCGGUGGUGGUGCAGGAGAUAAGAGACAGACUACCAGAGCUGCCCGGUGUCAAAAGAGACAGGCUGGUGCAGACGCACGGCAUCCUGCCCGAACACAGCUUCACUCUGGUGAACGAGGACGGGCUGGUGGAGUACUUUGAGGCCGUGUUGAAGGCAACCAGGAAGGAGCCCAGGAAGGUGAUUGGGUGGGUGACAAAGGAGCUGCUGGGCCGCCUCAGGGAGCGAGACAUGAGCGUGGGCCAGAGCCCAGUUGCUCCUCUGGCCUUAGCCGAGCUGCUGGAGCUCCAGGAAACGGGACGCAUCUCCUCUUCGGUUGCCAAGCAGGUGUUCCAGGAGAUGUGGAGGUCGCCAGGCAAGACGGCCCCGCAGAUCAUCCAGGAGCAGGACCUGGGGCUCGUUAGCGACAUGGCACAGCUGCAUGACAUCUGCCAGAAGGUGGUGGACGCACACCCUGAUGAGGUUGACGCCGUCAGGAAUGGAAACAAGAAGGUUCUGAACAAGCUGAUGGGCCUGGUUCAGAGAGAGACUAAAGGCCGAGCUGAUCCAGUUGUGGUGAGGGAGAUUUUGCAGGAGAAGACUUCGUGAAGCAGAGGGGCCAGGCCAGUAUAAACUACUGGUCUGAGGUUGUAAAUGUGAGGUUGUAAAUAUUAAAGUUUGUUGUAAUAUAAAA